CAACCAACAGUGUGACUGGCAACGCCAACGCCACAACACGAAGAGUCCAGUGUCCAUAGUCCAGUCCAGUCAGUCCGCCCCGAGCGCCCGUCCGUCGCUGACGUGCUCUCGUCCUGCUCGUCCCGAAUUUUGGUGGCGUCCGCGAGCCGCGUCAGUGCCCGCCGUGUGUGUGAUUGUGUGACGACUUCCCGUGGCCUUCGAAAGGGCAUUAUCAACAUGUACGUCCCGCCCCCGCACCGGCGGCGUCGCCUCCUACCGCUGCCCGUCAAUCGCGGUCCUGGAGGUCCUGGAGGUCCUCUUGGGGCACGCCAGCCGCUGGUGCUGCUCACGAACAGGCCGUGCCUGCCACGGCGGCCAAGUGUGUCGCACGGCAAGCGGCGGGGGUGGGGGUUUCCCAGAAAGGACAAGAAGGGGCGCAGAAAGAACAAGAGGGGCCGCGCCUCGGAGACCCCGAAACGCCAACCUGAACCUGAGUCCGAUCGCCCCCCAGCCAUGCACGCCCAAGCAAACGCGGGCGCUGCUCUCCCCCCUGUCGAGACGGUCGAGACACCUCAAGCUCAAGUUGUUGCACCCCUUGCUGAUGAACCCGCCCCACCACCCCCCGCUGCCUUUGCUCCCCUGCCUGAAUCUUGCGAUGCCGGCGGGCCAGAGCCAGUGGGUGCCGGCGGGCGGGUACCGUCCAACCUGAAGGCGGUCGACAUCGGCGUGGCAGUCACGGCCCCCGCCAGCGCGGCCGUGCAGCCCUCGACGUCGACGCCGCUGCCGCGGUCGUCGCCGGCCGAAGCGGCCGAGGCGACGUGGCCACCAAGCGCCCCGGCUGGCCGUCCGGUCAAGAAAGGAGUCCGACGAUGCGGCGUGGAGGGCGCCGCGGGGGCGGCCUGCUCCAGCACGGGCCUGCUGUCCACGGCCUUGUCCACGGCCGCCGCGCUGCCCACCGCGUCCGCGGCCGAGUCGGUGUUCCACUUCGAGGCGACGGCCGAGUCCAACGCCGCGGUGGCCACGGCCAGCACGGCCGACGCCGCCGCCCCCGCCGCUCCGAACCCCAAGAAGCGCGCCGCCACCGACGACGCGGAGGUCGUGGACUCGACCACCUCGCCGAUCGCCUCGCCGAUCGCCAGCCCCGGCGGCGUCCUCGUGCUUCCGGACGCAAAGCGCGCGCGGUGCGACGUGAUCGACCUGGACCUGGACAAGGUCGUGCACCUGCUCGUCGGCAGUGGCGCCCGCCUCAUCUACCGGACCAGGGCCAGGGAGCUGGUGGAACAGGCGGACUGGACGGUGCUGCCGCGGGUGCCGAAGCACGCCACCACCAACCCGCUGCAGUACGUGCCGCUGGACCGCGUUCACCACCACGAGGAGUUCCACCGCGUCGAAAGGGACUUCGACUACUCCUGUCGCGGCCAGGGCUUCCAGGUGACUCGCGUCUGCAGGGUGGAGAACGACUGGCUGCUGUACGAGUUCCAGGAGCGCGUGUGGCAACUCGAGCAGCAGUGCGGCGACGUGGCGGUGCUGCGCGUCUACCACGGCACGCCCAGGGCCAACGUGCACUCCAUCGCCAUGGGCAACCUGGACCGACGCUACGCGGGGCGCGGGACGAACCACGCGUGGUGGGGCAAGGGGGUCAAUUUCUCCCCCAUUUCUUAUUACGCGUCGCACUACGGCGACCAGGGCACGUUCCGGUCCAUGAUGGUGUUCGAUGUGGUGGUGGGCAGGGCUUGCAGUGUGCUCAGCCCGCCCGAGGCGCCCUUGCUUCCCAAACACAACCCCGGCAGGCCUGGGCAGAGGUAUGACACUAAUUUGAAGUUGGAUCCGGGGCCGCAGGUGGUGUGUAAAUUUGGUGACCACCAAUUUUACCCUGCCUAUAUCAUAGACUACACUGCGCCGCCGAAGGGCCACCGCUGGCACGGUCAAUACUGGGAGCAGGAACAAGAAUACUGUCCUUGGUGGUUGUUCCAGAAUUUUGACUUGUUUAAUCGUAAUUGGAUGGGGAGCUUUCCGUGUUAAAACUUGGGUAACAGUUUCCUCCGGUUUAUUCAGUGUCCGCUCCCUUAGUUUUAAUUUCAUAACCCUGCCUUGUGUAUUUGCUUUCUUUUGUCUUCGUACUGUUGACGGACACUUACUGCAUGUAAUGCGCCAGAAGUCUUUGAAUGUUAUGUAUAAUGUCUGUGUUUACAUAAUUAACAAUAUUAUUGAAUUAAUUAAAAUCUUGUUUUGAUUUCGUA